AUUAUUAUUAUUAUUAUUAUUGAUUCCUUAAGAAAUUGUAAAUGAGAAGUUGCAUUAUUCAAGUUGUAAAGUUGACUAUAGCUACCAUUUGGCUUUGGUCGUUUUUAUGUCCAAAUUCAAACUACGACGUUUCAAUUUGAUGAUACAUGCAAUGACGCAACAAUAUAUCUAUCUAUAUAUCUUGUUAUCUUAUCUCAUUUUGAAAACAUAACAUAAUCAUUAGUUCAUUACAUAGUUAAUUUCAACAACGAUCAAAGGAAGCUUUUACAAGACAUCAAAAAUGGUGGAAAAGAAAGUUGUCAUCAUAGGUGGUGGUGUUGCCGGUGCUAUCCUAGCUAAAACUAUUCAACAUCAUGCCAAUGUCACUCUUAUUGAUCCGAAGGAGUAUUUUGAGAUUCCAUGGGCAAGUUUAAGGGCUAUGGUGGAGCCAUCCUUUGCAGAAAGGACAGUGAUAAACCAUAGAGAGUAUUUCACAAAAGGUGACCUUGUUAUAUCAAGUGCCAUCAACAUUUCUGAAUCUGAAGUCUUUACUGCAGAUGGCCGUAAGAUUUCCUAUGAUUAUCUUGUUAUUGCAACUGGUCACACAGAACAUAUCCCCAAAACAAGGACUGAAAGACUUGACCAAUACAAAGGAGAAAAUACAAAGAUAAAAUCUGCACGUUCAGUUUUGAUUAUUGGAGGAGGUCCAACUGGUGUUGAGCUAGCAGCAGAGAUUGCUGUUGAUUUUCCUGAUAAGAAAGUAACCAUAGUUCACAAAGGAUCAAGAUUGCUUGAAUAUAUUGGGACAAAAGCUUCAAGGAAGACAUUAAAAUGGCUUAAAUCAAGAAAAGUUGAUGUGAAAUUAGAACAAUCAGUUGACUUAGACUCCUUCACAAAUGAAAAUAGGACAUAUAAAACUUCAGCUGGUGAGAGUAUAGAAGCUGAUACACAUUUUGUGUGCAUAGGGAAACCACUUGGUUCGGCAUGGCUUGGAGAAACUCUUUUGAAAACUGAUUUAGAUAGUAAUGGAAGGAUUCAAGUUGAUGAAUAUUUGAGAGUUAAGGGUAGGAGUAAUAUUUUUGCAAUUGGAGAUAUUACUGAUAUUCAAGAAAUCAAACAAGGAGUGUAUGCACAAGGUCAUGCUCAAUUGGUAGCCAAGAAUCUAAAGCUAUUGAUAGAAGGAGGAGGGAAAGAAAAUAAAUUGGGAAUUUACAAAGCACAACCACCAAUGUCUAUUGUUUCACUUGGAAGAAAACAUGGAGUUGCACAAUUCCCUUUCAUGACAGUUGUUGGAAGAUUUCCUGGUAUGAUCAAAUCAGGAGAUUUGUUUGUUGGGAAAACAAGAAAGGAAUUAGGACUUGAACCUAAAAUUAAAAAAUCUUAAUCAAUUUCAUAUGGUGUCUGUAUAUAGUUACUCAACUUAUCUUUCUUAUAACUAUUUUGUGUGUGUUUGUUUGUGUUCAUUAUUUGUUUUCUUUCGGAGUGUAUUCCAUUGAGUUGCAAUGUACCUAUAGUUAGUAUUUCUUUGUAAUUUUGAAUUUGUAAGUGUUGCAUAUUUCCCUUGAUUAUAAAUAAAUACUUUGAGUUCUUUCUUUAGGCGCUGAAA